AUGGCGUCUGGAAUCCUCCAUUUUAUCACUGCCAAAUGGCAAGAAAUUGCUACCAAUUACAGGGAUUUAAUCAUUAAAGAUCCUGAAAUAGCUUCGAGAAUAGAAGCUAUCCUGCGUAUGGUCUCCUAUCUUAUCCAAGGCAAAUUUCCUUUUUCUCAAGAAAUAUCAGAAUUAGUUUAUACUGCAUCUAAUCUGUUGACGUUAACCAACGACGAAAUCUAUAGACAUGCCAGGAAAUUAGCCAAUUCUGCAUCUGUAAUAAAGAUCAAAAGAUGGCUCACAGUAGUUGAAUACGUUGAAGUAUUUAUUGAAGUUGGAUCGGCUCGUCUUCUCGGCGACUUUGGACGCUGGGUGGUAGUAUUAAUGGUACAAAUUUUAAAAGCCGCAAUGAGAUUGGUCUUAGUUUUCAAGCACAAAGAUGGUAUCCAAUGUCGACCAACGAUUGCACCCAUGAAAAGAGAUUCUAAAACUUUAUCCGAGAUGAACAACAAACAAAAUAUGAAAAAUGAUCCAACUGCCCAGGAACUGCCAGUAUGGAAAGGAGAAAGAUCCGGGCGAUUCGUUCGAUCUCUUUCUGCCGGUAAUCGUCGUCAAUACCCUAACUUAGACCAAUAUAAGAUGUUUGUUGAACAAGAGCCCACUCCCCUCACGGAAAGGCAAAAGCUAGCGGAACUGUUAUAUACUGUCCGCCCAGUUCUUCACAUAUUAAGCAUGUUUACUUUUGGACAAAACUCCUGGAAACCCUGGCUAAUAUCCACAUUUACGGAUCUAUCCAGGUAUCUGAUAGCGGGCGAUACUACAAAACGAACUUUUCAAGAAAGACAAGAAAUUUCUCGCCGAUAUAUGGUGUUACUAUUAUAUUUACUGAGAUCUCCUUGUUAUGACAAUUAUUCAAGGGAGAAAGUGAUAGCCAUCCUUGGCUUUUUAAGCCGUUAUAUUCCUGGAUCAUCACUUAUAAUCGGUCCGUUAAUAGAAUAUUUACCGUAUUGGCAGAAAACCUACUCUUAUAAUUGGACUUCCUAA